GUCUCUUCAGCUGUGUUUUCACCUCAGGUGGACUGUGUCUGUACUAUAUUUAGGGACAAGCCAACACUCUGUGGUAUUGGAGUACCAUAUCAGCUCACACAUCUGGAUACAGUAUGGGGACUAGAAGUACCUGUCUGCUCAUGACACUGUGUCUGGGGAUUGUCAGUGUGUCCUCUGAAGAGUUACUGCAUCGGCAGAAGAGAAUCUGGAUUGUAGAAUCUUUUAAGAUAGAAGAGUCGAGGCCCGGACCUUAUCCUUAUGUACUGGGGAACGUUCACAUUGAGAAGGCGUUCCAUGUGAGUUUCUAUCUACUUGGUCAAGGGGUUGAUCUGGACCCCAGAGGAAAACUGUCCAUCAAUAAAGACACCGGAGAUAUCCUAGUUCAUGGAGAACUAGACUACGAGCUUUACCAGAUACUUAAGCUGACAUUUGAGGCCCGAGAUACAUCCAAUAAUGCAGUGGACACCCGGCUGGGAGUGGAGGUGGUGAUUCUAGACAUCAAUGACAACCCCCCAGUUUUCCAGAGGAACACUUACACCAUCAAGCUGAACGAGUCUACUUCACAAGGAGAUUUCGUGACAGCUGUAGUUGCAACAGAUAAAGAUCAAAGCAGCACAAACAAUGGCACCUUUGACCUGAAGAUUGUCUCCAUCACCCCUACGCCCCCAGACAACCUGGAGUUCUUCCUUGAGCAAAGUGAUCUGACUGGAAUCAUCAAAUUCAAAGGGUGUCUGGAGUACGAGAAAUCAAAGAAAUACACCAUCCUGGUGGAGGCUAAAGAUCGUGGAGAGGUGGUUCAGCUCUCCAGCACCUGUACAAACAUCAUCAAUAUAGAAGAUGGAAACAACAAUCUGCCUGUCUUCACUGGGCAAACGGGUGCAGGAAGCAUCAAGGAGAGAGACAGAGGUGAUGUACCAAUUCUUCGGCUCCAGGUUUUAGACCAAGAUUCCAAAGGUACUGUAGCCUGGAAGGCCAAAUACACUAUCCACGGAGACAAGGACCAGAACUUCAGAAUCACCACGGAUCCAGACACCAACGAAGGAGUCUUGUUUGUUGAAAAGCCUCUGGACUACAAGGAUGGCUCUCAGAGGAACCUGUCAGUCAGUGUAGAGAACGAGGUGCCCUACUUCUCUUGUAAGGUCAAAGGUCGUCCUGCCAUGGGCCUGUGGGAUGUGGUCACCACAGUAUCUUUGACAGGUGAACGGGCCCUGCUGUCCAUCCGCCAUUUGACGGUCACGGUGGAGGACAUCAACGACCCGCCAAUCUUCACCCCCGCCAUCAAAAAUGUGAUGGUGGAGGAGAAUGUGGAGGUUGGCUGGUACCUGGAGACGUUCACUGCCAUCGAUCUGGACAGGAACCAUGGCUACACCUUCAAGUACGUGAAAGGAAAGGACCCUUGUGACUGUGUGGCAGUAGACACAAAGACCGGCAAAAUAACCACAACUAAGAUCUUAGACCGAGAGUCACCUUACGUGAAGGACAAUGUCUAUCAAGUGACAGUGUUUGCUAUUGAUGAUGGCCAGCCUCCCAUGACCGGAACUGGAACGCUCAACAUCCACAUAAAGGACCAGAAUGACAACCUUCCGGAGCUUGAGAUGGCCACCAUGGACAUGUGUCUUUCAGAUGAGCACACCGAGGUCAACAUCACAGCCUACGACCUGGAUGAAGAACCCUACAGCGGACCCUUCUACUUCCAGCUCCAAGGGGACGAUGUCAAGGGCAAGUGGAGGAUUGACCCCGACAACGGCUACACAGUGAACCUGGUGAAGGAGAACACAGUGUACGCAGGUCACCACGAGCUGCUGCUGAAGGUGUUUGACCUGCAGGGUCAGGGUGCCCUCCACAACCUGUCCGUCACCGUGUGUGACUGCUCCAGGGUGGCCAGCUGCCGCAUGCGCAGGGCCACUGGAUCCAAGAUUGGAGAGAGUGCUGUAGGGAUUGUCAUUGCUGCCAUGUUGCUACUACUAGGUUUUCUACUGUUGUCUCUCCUGUUGACUUUUAAGAGAGAUCUGAAGCUGAUCCCUCUCGAUGAAAUCUAUGGAGAACAUCUGCUCAAAUCGAACAUUGAGAUCCCAGGAACUGAUUGCAAGGUGCCUACGGCUACCAUACUCCAAGUGGACAGCCAGGUGGAAACGAAAGCUGCUUUUCAACCCAUCAAGGGGAUGUCGGCUGUACAGAAGUCAGCCAGUAUGCGGGCACAGGUACGUUCAGGAUAUUCCAAGUAUUCCUCCUCCUACCAAGAGCAACAACAGGGAGAGUUUCAACGAGGAACCACCCUACGCAAGAGUGCGCCCACAAAAUUACGCUCCAACGGUUAUUAUGAACAGGGGUCAAUGGUGAGCAGAUCAAUGAAGACAAGAACAAGAUACUCCUCAUGGGAAGAAGAUAAUUGUCUCGACAAAUCCGGGCACUUGAUGACCCAACUGAAUCAGAGGAUGUACACCCUGCAAGUUCAAGGAGAGGAGCUGGGGGACUAUGCCCCGCACCCCUACGCUGAAGAGGGGGACCUAGAGACAGACCUCCAGCUGGAUGCUAUUUCCAUCCCUGAGACCCUCUUCGACCAGGACACGCUGCUCUACCUGGGACCCAGGUUCAACACCCUGGCCUCCAUCUGCAACACCGCAGACCUCAGCGCAUCCUAAGCCCAUCUUGGCUCUGCCAGGACUGGCUAGAUAGCAUUGGCUAAACAGGCUAGGUCACCGGCCACACAUAUAAAACCAUCAAAUGCACACAGGACUACGAAGAUCAGUGAUCAAUCAAUACAAAGACCAAGAUGGAACUCAGUGUUGAAGGGAGAACAAUGAAAUUGACCACUGAGAACACACACAGAGAGAGACAUGUAGUGGGAAAAUACUUGCAUGGCAUUGACUUGGCUCUGUGCUUUUAUGAAUGCGAUGGCUGCAAUUUAGAGGUGAAUUAACAGUGAACAUACCACACCAUCGCUUACCUCUUUAAUCUUCAGAAAAUACAUUGAGUCAGAAUAGUGUAAUAUUGUUUUCUACGAUGGUUAUGAUGAUUCCCAAAUCAAAUUGUAUUUUUCACACGCUUCGUAAACAACAGGUGUAGACUAACAGUGAACUGCUUACUUACGGGCCCUUCCCAACAAUGCAGUGAAACAAUAUAUACAUAGUAGAAUUUAUUUUUGUCAAAAAGUAUAAAAACAAUAACACAAGGACUAAAUAGACAAAUAAUUAAGGCUUGGCUAUAUACAUGGGUUACCAGUACCGAGUCAAUGUGCAGGGGUACGAAGUAAUUGAGGUAGAUAUAUACAUACAGGUAGGGAUAUAGUGACUAGGCAACAGGAUAGAUAAUAAACAGUAACUAACAGCAGUGUAUGGGGUGAGUCAAAAGAGAUUAGUGCAAAAAUAAUCAAUGCAGAUAUUCCGGGUAGCUAUUGGUUAACUGUUUAACUAACUAUUUAGAGGUCUUAUAGCUUGGGGGUAGAAGCUGUUCAGGGUCCUGUUGGUUCCAGACUUGGUGCAUCGGUACCGCUUGCCGUGCGGUAGCAGAGAGAACAGUCUAUGAUUUGGGUGGCUGGAGUCUUUGACAUUUGUUAGGGUCUUCCUCUGACACCGCCUGGUAUAGAGGUCCUGGAUGGCAGGGAGCUCGGCCCCAGUGAUGUGCUGGUCCGUACACACCACCCUCUGUAGCGCUUUGUGGUCGGAUGCCAAACAGUUGCCAAACCAAGCGGUGAUGCACCCCGUCAAGAUAUUCUCAAUGGUGCAGUUGUAGACAUUUUUGAGGAUCUGAGAGCCUAUGCCAUGCCAAAUCUUUUCAGCCUCCUGAGGAGGAAGAGGCGUUGUCGGCCCUCUUCACGACUGUGUUGAUGUGUGUGGACCAUGAUAGUUCCUUGGUGAUGUGGACUCCGAGGAACUUGAAGCCCUCAACCUGUUCCACAACAUCUAUAUACAUGGGGGCAUGCUUGGAUUACCAAUGAAAGCUUGGGUUUAAAGUUUUGCGCUGAAGUCUGGUUGAUUUAUAUGUUAGUAUUGGUGUUGGCUUUGAAAGUAUAUUCUAUAAGUGUUUUUUGGUAUGUAAAUAAAGGUAAUUGUUUUACAUUCAUUUUGUUUUA